GCGUUGGUGUUCAGGGUCCAGAGAGUCCAGAGAGGUGGUUGGGGUGCAGAGGACAGGGUUUCUAGCUCUCCAAGCCUGCAGAGAAGGCGGGAAAGCCCUGGGAAGCAGGGCCUUCUGUGCUGGGGGCUGGACGGGGUGUGAUCCUGGCCUGAUGGCAGCAGGCGCUGGGCCACCAGCCUCGGGCCGGGGCAGGGAGAGGAGUUACUGUAAGUGGAUGAGGCAGGUGUUCCUGGUCAGCUGGAGAUCUGGAUGCGGGAAGCACGUGAGUGAAGAUGACAGCAGCGGGCCGGGUGACUUUCCCUCCGCUCAGCCCCCACCUCUGCCCUCAGCUCUGACUCGGCCUUCUGAGCGCCCGGCCUUCCCUCUGGGUACACAGUGGCUCCUGUGGGCAGAAUUCCUCGCAUUCAGUCCGUUGUCUGGAAGAGGGAGGUGAUUGGGUGGAAUUCCCAUGCCAGAUAUGCUGCCAGGGGCACCCUGAGGGGCUGCCAAGGGGGCCCCAUGAGCGCUAGAGCUGCUGGUCUUGUGACGUGGGCACCUGUCUGCCAGGCCCGGGCACGGGCCCAGGGUCACGCUCACGCCGGGGCUCCCGUCAGCUGACUAUUUUGGGCUCUCGCUGAACCGGGCCAAAGUCAGGCCUUAGCCAAGAGGGCUCCGAGGCAGCGCCCCCGUCCCCAGAGGCCGGCUCUGGUUUCAGCUAUAUAAACAGAGAAGGACAUGUUGCAGUGGAGGCUGCUCCACCUCCUGAGCCCACUCAGCUAGCACACAGCCCGGCCGGCAGGGCAGGCUGACUGGGCAGUCACGUCUCUUCCCACAGGGCUCCUCCAGGCCACCAGGAAGAGGCCCCAACCAGCCCUGGGAGUCUCCCUUGGUGCAGUGGUCCGGGACCUCUGAGAAUCAAAGCAGGUCGUGUGGAGGAAGCUGAGAUGCCCUGUAUCCAAGCCCAGUAUGGGACACCAGCACCAAGCCCAGGACCCCGUGACCACCUGGCCGGCGACCUCCUGACCCCCGAGCUCAGCAAGCCCAUCAUGGACCUGGCCAGCCCCGAGGCGGCCCCCGCUGUCCCUACCGCCUUGCCCAGCUUCAGCACCUUCAUGGACGGCUACACAGGGGAGUUUGACACCUUUCUCUACCAACUGCCGGGCACGGCCCAGCCAUGCUCCUCGGCCUCCUCCUCGGCGUCCUCCACGUCCUCAUCGUCAGCCACCUCCCCAGCCUCUGCUUCCUUCAAGUUCGAGGACUUCCAGGUGUACGGCUGCUACCCUGGCACGCUGAGUGGCCCUCUGGACGAGACCCUGUCCUCCAGCGGCUCUGACUACUAUGGCAGUCCCUGCUCAGCACCGUCACCAUCCACGCCCAGCUUCCAGCCACCCCAGCUCUCUCCCUGGGAUGGCUCCUUCGGCCCCUUCUCGCCCAGUCAGACUUAUGAAGGCCUGCGGGCAUGGACAGAGCAGCUGCCCAAGGCUUCUGGGCCCCCCCAGCCGCCGGCCUUCUUUUCCUUCAGCCCUCCCCCCGGCCCCAGUCCCAGCCUGGCCCCAAGCCCCCUGAAGCUGUUCCCCUCACAGGCCGCCCACCAGCUGGGGGAGGGAGAGAGCUAUUCCAUGCCAACAGCGUUCCCAGGCCUGGUGCCCACUUCUCCCCACCUUGAUGGCUCGGGGAGGCUCGACGCGCCCGUGACCUCUGCCAAGGCCAGGAGUGGGGCUCCGGGUGGAAGCGAGGGCCGAUGUGCUGUGUGUGGGGACAAUGCUUCCUGCCAGCAUUAUGGUGUCCGCACCUGUGAGGGCUGCAAAGGCUUCUUCAAGCGCACAGUGCAGAAAAAUGCCAAGUACAUCUGCCUGGCUAACAAGGACUGCCCUGUGGACAAGAGGCGGCGAAACCGCUGCCAGUUCUGCCGCUUCCAGAAGUGCCUGGCCGUGGGCAUGGUGAAGGAAGUUGUCCGGACAGACAGCCUGAAAGGACGGCGGGGUCGGCUCCCUUCAAAGCCCAAGCAGCCCCCAGAAACCUCCCCAGCCCACCUACUCACCUCCCUGGUCCGGGCGCACCUGGACUCGGGGCCCAGCACUUCUAAACUGGACUACUCCAAGUUCCAGGAGCUGGCGCUGCCCCACUUCGGGAAAGAGGAUGCUGGGGAUGUGCAGCAGUUCUACGACCUGCUCUCGGGUUCCCUGGAGGUGAUCCGCAAGUGGGCCGAGAAGAUCCCCGGCUUUGCCGAACUGUCUCCUGGAGACCAGGACCUGCUGCUGGAGUCUGCCUUUCUGGAGCUCUUUAUUCUCCGUCUGGCCUACCGGUCUAAACCAGCCGAGGGGAAGCUCAUCUUCUGCUCAGGCCUGGUGCUGCACCGCCUGCAGUGCGCCCGUGGCUUCGGGGACUGGAUCGACAGCAUCCUGGCCUUCUCUCGCUCCCUACACAGCUUGGUGGUCGACAUCCCCGCCUUCGCCUGCCUCUCUGCGCUUGUCCUCAUCACAGACCGGCACGGGCUGCAGGAGCCUCGCCGGGUAGAGGAGCUGCAGAACCGCAUCGCCAGCUGCCUGAAGGAGCACGUCUCGGCCGAGGCGGGCGAGCCCCAGCCGGCCAGCUGCCUGUCGCGUCUGCUGGGCAAGCUGCCCGAGCUGCGGACCCUGUGCACCCAGGGCUUGCAGCGCAUCUUCUACCUCAAGCUGGAGGACCUGGUGCCCCCUCCACCCAUCGUCGACAAGAUCUUUAUGGACACGCUGCCCUUCUGACCCUGGCCCGGGAACAUGCGCGCACUCGGUGUGCGGGCUCAUAAUGCCACCCCACGUGCCUUUAGCCCAUGGCCCACGGACCCCCAGAGCAUCACCCCGGCCUGGGCCUGAGCUGCAGACUGGCUGCCCCUCCCCCUUGUUCUCUGGGAGGUCAGCGGGGAGCUCAUGCCCUGGGGGAGAGGGAUGCAUUCACAGGGGUGACCCUUACUAUUUGUCUUACCCCCCCAGCCCAGCCCUGGUCUUCAUGUUUUUGUAAGAUAAACCGUUUUUAACACACACACCGCCAUGCUGUAAAUAAGCCGAAUGCUGCUGUAAAUACAGGAAGGAAGAGGUUGAGGUGGGAGUGGGGGUUGGGAGGGAGGAAUGGGCCCCCACCAGCCGCCUCCUACUUACUCUCUUGCCGCCCUCCUUCCACAUGUACAUAGACUCACUCUAGGAGGAAGACAGAUGACAGAUUCUGACAUUUAUAUUUGUGUAUUUUCCUGGAUUUAUAGUAUGUGACUUUUCUGAUUAAUAUAUUUAAUAUAUUGAAUAAAAAAUAGACAUGUAGCUGAA